AUGAAGGGUUUUCUUGAGCGGACUGUUAGUUCAAAGUAUUAUUCUAACAGCUCUGCUUGUUCCCCUAAUAGAAUUCCUGGUUCUAUCUGCUCAGAGCCAGGAUCAAACGACAGUAAGCUCCCCAAGUCUUCCUUGUGGUCGAGCUUCACUUUGCCAGCUUUCUCAAUCUUUGAAACAUUAAGUGAGCCAAAAGGCUGUGGAAAGAAAGCAUCGAGCUCUAGGAGCAAUGGAUGGACUGCAGCUUUCAAGAGAGUAAUGAAUGGUGGUGGCUCAAUGAGGAAAAUUCAAGAGCGUGUACUGGGGCUGAACAGGACUGGACAUUCUGUCUCAGCUGGUGACAUAUGGCUUCUAGGUGUGUGCUACAAGAUUUCUCUGGAAGAUUCAUCUGGAGAUCCGGCUCAGAGUGAAGGCUAUGCUGCAUUUGUUGAAGAUUUCUCAUCUAGAAUUCUGAUAACAUAUCGUAAAGGCUUUGCUAAUAUAGGAGAUUCAAAGUAUAGCAGUGAUGUAUACUGGGGCUGCAUGCUUCGAAGUAGUCAAAUGCUUGUUGCUCAGGCUUUACUUUUUCAACGAUUGGGGAGAUCAUGGAGAAAAUCUUUGCACAAGCCAGUUCAUCAACAUUACAUUGACAUAUUGCACCUUUUUGGUGAUUGUGAGGAGUCAGCUUUCUCCAUCCACAAUCUUCUUGAAGCUGGAAAGGCUUAUGACCUUGCUCCGGGAUCAUGGGUAGGCCCAUAUGCCAUGUGUCGCACAUGGGAAACUCUAGCCCGCUGUAGGACAGAGGAAACUGAACUUGAUGACCAGUCCUUUCCAUUGGCUAUAUAUGUUGUUUCUGGUGACGAGGAUGGGGAAAGAGGUGGAGCUCCUGUUCUAUGCAUCGAAGAUAUACUCAGCCAUUGUUUUGAGUUCUCAGGAGGCCAAGUUGAUGGGUCACCUAUUCUUUUGUUGGUUCCUUUGGUCCUAGGACUGGACAAAGUCAAUACGAGAGAAGGAAGGUCUCUAAUCAUAAACGAUAAACAUAGGAGAGGUACAGAAACGGCAGGGAUGUUUCUGUAUUUGCCACAGUUGAAGGCGACCUUCACUUUUCCUCAAAGCCUUGGCAUCUUGGGCGGUAGACCUGGUGCUUCAACGUACCUUGUUGGUGUGCAAGAUGAAAAUGCAUUUUACCUUGAUCCACAUGAAGUUCAGCAGGUAGUUGAUGUUGGAAAGGAUAAUCUAGAGGCUGAUACUUCCUCUUAUCACUGCAAUGUUGUACGACACAUCCCUCUUGAUUCAAUCGAUCCAUCCUUGGCUAUUGGAUUUUAUUGCCGAGACAAAAAUGAUUUUGAUGAUUUUUGUUCUCGAGCCUCCGAGUUAGCUGAUCAAUCAAAUGGUGCUCCAUUAUUUACGGUUACUAAGGCACGCAAUUCACCAAUGGCAGAUAUGUUGGGCGGUGGAAGUCGGGUUCAGGAGGAUGAUUCCUUUGAUGUGGCACCCACCGGAGAUGCAGAGGGCUGUACACCAGAAGAUGAUUGGCAACUUCUUUAA